GGGCCAGAGGCGGGCGCCGGAAGCGGCCGAGCGACUAGGGGACGUCGCGUAGCCGGGUCUCGAGCAGCUGCCGCGGAGCCGCCGGACGGACCGCCAGCCCCGCCUGCCCCGCCAUGGCUGAGAGUGACUGGGACACGGUGACGGUGCUGCGCAAAAAGGGCCCCACGGCCGCCCAGGCCAAGUCCAAGCAGGCCAUCUUAGCAGCUCAGAGACGAGGAGAAGAUGUGGAGACUUCCAAGAAAUGGGCCGCCGGCCAGAACAAACAGCAUUCGAUCACCAAGAACACAGCCAAGCUGGACCGGGAGACGGAGGAGCUGCACCACGACCGGGUGACCCUGGAGGUGGGCAAGGUGAUCCAGCAGGGCCGGCAGAGCAAAGGGCUGACGCAGAAGGACCUGGCCACGAAAAUCAACGAAAAGCCACAGGUCAUCGCGGACUAUGAGAGUGGCCGGGCCAUUCCUAACAACCAGGUUCUGGGCAAGAUCGAGAGAGCCAUCGGCCUCAAGCUCCGGGGCAAAGACAUUGGGAAGCCGAUCGAGAAGGGGCCGAGGGCGAAAUGAACACAAAGCCUCGAAAUCAGUGCGUUCCGGCUGAUCUCGUCUGGCUGGUUCCCCUUGACCACCAGUGCCAGCGUGGGUCUCCUCACGCGGCUGUGCGGAACACAGGGCGAUAGCCCUGCCCGGGAACCCCCUCUACCCGUACCUGCUGUCAAACUAACAAAACCUUGCGGAGUGUUCGCUUCUCCUGAUUAUUUUCCUCCCUCUUCCCGUCCCUCACGUGGGGUGCAGAACGCUGCCUUCCUCUCCCCCGGGGUCUGCCCUGUCACGGGUGCGGCUCCAGGGAGCUCGGAGCGGGGACCACCUCGCACAGGGUGGGCAGCCACCGUCUGGGAGAGGAGCUGCGUCUCCAGCCCGGCUCGUAGAGAAGCUAAUAAACAUUUGUCGCCCUUC